AGGCAGUUGCUCACUACAUGACACAGAAUUAGGAGUUACUAAAGGCAAACCAAGGCAGAAGGCAAACCAAGAACAAAAGGAGAAUAGGUUAUGAGGAAGAGUAGCUCCAGACUGAUCUGGUUUUUGCAACGAUGGAAAAACAAUGUGCAACACAAAACAAGCAGGAGGUGACUGAGAGAGGACACUGGGGCAGUAAGGUAGAGUUUUUACUCGCUGUGGCAGGAAAUGUUGUCGGUCUUGGCAACGUCUGGAGGUUUCCUUACCUCUGCUAUAAAAAUGGGGGAGGUGCAUUCCUGGUGCCAUAUGUGGUAUUUGUAGUGACCUGUGGUGUACCACUGUUCCUGCUGGAGACCAGCAUAGGCCAGUUCUCCCAGGAGGGCAGCGUUACCUGCUGGAGGAAACUAUGUCCACUUGCAGAGGGUAUCGGCUAUGGUGGGCUGCUGAUCCUCCUCUACAGCUGUAUGACCUACAUCAUUAUUCUGUCCUGGGCUUUGCUCUACCUGGUGUUCUCCUUCAGUUCCCAGCUUCCCUGGUCCAACUGUGACAACUACUGGAACACAGAUGACUGUGUAGACUUCACGAUAAGAAAUAACAGCAUGAAAUGGACCAACAAGACAAACUCAACCUCUGCUUCCACUGAAUUCUGGGAAAGGCGAGUGCUGGCUAUUUCAGGAGGACUUGAGGAGUUAGGCAGUAUCCGAUGGGAGGUGCUCUUGUGUCUAAUUGUAAUGUGGAUAACCUGCUACUUUUGUAUAUGGAAAGGAGUCAAAUCCACAGGAAAGGUGGUUUAUUUCACUGCUACAUUCCCCUAUGUGAUGCUGCUCAUCCUUUUGAUUCGUGGACUUUCUCUUCCUGGUGCUCUACAAGGAGUGGCGUUUUAUCUUCUGCCUGAGCCCUCGCGACUCACAGAUCCUCAGGUGUGGAUGGAGGCUGGGGCUCAGAUCUUCUUCUCAUACAGCGUGGGUGUCGGCUCUUUGACUGUACUAGGCAGCUACAACCAGUACAACAAUAACUGCUACAGAGACUGUCUGUGGCUGUGUUUACUGAACAGUGGUACCAGCUUGGUAGCUGGGUUUGCAGUCUUUUCAGUGCUGGGGUUCAUGGCCCAUGAGCAAGGCAUUCCCAUUUCAGAAGUGGCCGAGUCAGGUCCAGGCCUGGCAUUCAUUGCUUACCCUCAGGCUGUAGCCAUGAUGCCUCUGCCUCAACUGUGGUCCAUCUGUUUCUUCAUCAUGCUCAUUCUCUUGGGCCUGGACACACAAUUUGUCGCAAUGGAGGUGGUGAUGACAUCCAUCACGGACAUGUUUCCCACUGUAAUACGUAAAGCAGGCCGUCGAGAAUGUCUCCUCCUCUUCUUCUGCCUCAUCUGUUUUUUUUCUCAGCUUGUCAUGAUCACUGAGGGAGGAAUGUAUGUGUUCCAGUUGUUUGACUACUACGCCUGUAAUGGAUGCUGCAUCCUUUUUCUCGCUGUGUUUGAAAGUCUGGCACUGGGAUGGAUAUUUGGGGUCCAGCGGCUCUAUGACAUCAUAAAAGACAUGACAGGUGUGCGUACCAACGUGUUCUUUAAAGUGUGCUGGCUCUACCUCACACCGCUCGUGUCACUGGUCUCGUUCAUAUGGUCUUUGAUUGAGUACCAACCUCUGACAUUCAAUCGUUGGUAUGUGUACCCAGACUGGGCUUAUAAAUUAGGCUGGACAUUUGCCCUAUCCUCCAUCCUGCUUGUGCCAGGUUGUGCUUUGUAUAAGCUGGGACAUGGGACUGGAAGCCUCAGACAGCGCUUGCAUCACCUGUGCCAGCCUGAACCCAUCAGCUUGCUGACUAAAGUGAGAGAAGCUGAGCUGCAGCACAUCGCAGAUGAAGAAGUGCAACUGUCCACUGUCUGAUACGAGGGGUCAUCGGAUCCCGAGCUCUUCUGCGACUGUAUUAAUAGUCCUACGAGUACGAGCUGCAAUUGAGUGGGAUGAUUCUGAUUACAAUAUUUUGCAGAAGUGUUAUUAUUACUAUUUUUAACCACGACAUGUAAGAUACUUAUUCCGAUCUACAUUGUUAAAAACCUGCCAUGUAAAAUGUAAACAUGAAAUAAAUGACUUAUUUCAAAAAAUACUGUAUAUUACAAAUUCACUGAGAGGAUGAUUCAGUCUCAAUGAAAACACUACUACUAGUCUGAUCUUCAUGUAAGUCUUAAGUGUUAAGGAUAACAAUCUGCUUUAGCUAAGCUUACCCGAUAUUACCCGAUAAUCUUUCAUAUUUUUUAUUAAAUAUAUAGUUUAAACAUUCA